CUCCCAUACCCUUCCGCACAGCGUCGCGCUGUGGCUGAGGCGUCUCCACGCGGUACAUCGACGUGAAAAUGUGCAUCAUUUGGUGAUUUGGAGUGUGUAACGAAUAGCUACAGAAUAUUUUGUCGGAGUAGUAUUUUUUUGCGUAGUGUAUUUCUUUGUGUAUUGAAUUAUUUCUUUGUGUGAAAUGGAGGAAGAAGGUCCUGGACCGUCUAGUGCGUCUCCAACAAAGAGAAAUCCAUCGGGAAAAUUCGUUGAAUCUUCUCAGAAAAUGAUGAUCGUAGAUCUAUACAAAAGUCUCAAGGAGGAGCAUCCAGAAAUGAAGUAUAGACCUCUAAUACAAUUACUAUCCAAACAGACUGGAAUCGGGCAAUUGACAAUUUCCAAGACUGUGUCCGAGUAUAAAUCAACAGGAACGGUUAAAUCUCCAAAUAAGAAGAGACCCCGCAUGAAUAUUUUGGAGAAGACGUCCGAGGAGGACAUACUGGCCAUAAGGAGGAAGGUGCAUGAAUUUUGGUUCCGGCGCGAAAUUCCAAACGUGAGAAAAAUUUUGGAAGCCGUGAACCAAGAUCCCGAACUCCCCAGUUUCAGCGAAUCGUCGUUAUACCGGCUACUGAAACGAAUAGAAUUUAAAUACAUCGUUCGCGCGCGUAAUAGCGCACUGAUCGACAAAGAACAUAUUGUCGCCUGGAGGCAACGGUACAUACAGCAGAUACAAAAAUAUCGUUCCGAAGAACGCCCGAUAUACUUCUUAGAUGAAACGUGGGUUAACGCGGGAGAUGUCAGACGAAAAUUUCGGGUCGACACUUCUGUUACCUGCCCCGAAAACGCGGAACAAAGGAGCCUGUCCAGGGGCAUACCGGCGUCCGCUAACAAAGGAAAACAGCUAAUAAUAGGUCACGUCGGGUCAUCGGAUGGGUUUGUACCUGGAGCCCUCCUCUGUUUUGAGGCGAAGAAAAAUUCUGCCGGCUACCACGACGAAAUGAACAGCGACACAUUUUUCGACUGGUUUCGCAGUAUUUUGCCCAUGCUACGAGAUGGGGGGGUUAUUGUUAUGGACAGUGCUUCAUACCAUAGUACGAAAUUGGAGAAAUAUCCCACCAUGAGCUGGAAGAAAAAUGACAUUAUUACGUGGCUAGUUGCUAAGGGGGAAAAGGUAGAACCACAGUAUGUCAAAGCGCAGCUGGUACAAUUAUCGCGCAAGCUAAGGCGAUAUGAAUACGUAAUCGAUGAAUACGCCAAGCAGCAUGGACAUACUGUGGUACGCCUUCCCCCUUACCACUGUGAGCUGAGCCCCAUCGAGUUAGCAUGGGCAAAAAUCAAAGAGUAUGUAAGGGCGCGAAACACAACGUGCAAACUGUCUGAUGUCCACGCAUUAGUACUCGAAGCCGUGGAAAAUGUGUCCGCCGAGUCGUGGCAGAAUUUUAUUCGCCACACAACGGAGGAGGAAAACAGGUUCUGCCAACUAGACCAGAUUACAGAUAGUACUCUGGACGAAAGUGGUGAGUGGGUGGACCAAUCCGAUGACUCCGACAGUGACAUCGAUUUUUAAAUAUACUUUUUUGUGUAUAAAUAUUUUGUAAAUUAAUGUACAUUUUCUUGUAAAUAUCAUGUAAAUAGCGCAUUAAUGUACAUUUUCUUGUAAAUAUCAUGUAAAUAGCGCAUUAAUGUACAUUUUCUUGUAAAUAUCAUGUAAAUGACGCAUCAAUGUAUAUAUAUAUGGACAUUUUUGUGUAAUAUUUAUUAAACAUACACAUACUGAACGUGUGCAGACGCGCACGGUUUUUUACUCACGUGUAUCAUUCUGUAUUCUUCCUACUCAAUCGUACUAUUGUUACACCCCGUAUGGGAAGUGAUUAGCGGAGUGGGAGUUUCAAGGCUCGCAGGGCAUCACUGGCUUCAGUCAUAGUAAAAAUAUAUCAUUUAAAAUAUUCAAACACAAAUUAAAUUAAUUAAUUGUCAUUUAAACAAUUUAUAAAUUCGAUAAAUUAAUUUUUAAUUUAAUUAUGUAUUGUGUUCGACAAUAAGGUCAGAAUUUUGUUAAAAGUAAACAAAGUAACGGAUCAAAUUUAAGAUUUAUUUUGACUUAUACACUUUUUAGGAAAUUAUACAAUAUUGUUAGUUAUCAUAUCUCAAUUAACAUAAAUUAUAAAUGUAGAUGUAAUGGAAAAUUUGAAUAUAGUAUUAAUAAGAUUGUAAGUAAUAGUUUUAUUAGAAAAUUCUAGUGAAUUUGAUAAGAUUUGACAUCAGAGCAAUUACAGACACAUACAUUGAUUAAAAUAAAAUGUUACCGAGUAUCUGGGUAUAGUUAUUAUUUUUCAACACUGUUACAAUCGUUAUAAUAACAUCUAAUGCAUAUUAGAAUUAACUAAAAUAACCAUUGCAUUAUAAAAAAAAAAAAAGA